CACACCCUUUUUUGCACAAGGCCCUUACUCAGACCAGGAACAGGAAGUACACUCUGAGAUGCUGGACUGUUUGUGUGCUGGUGUUUCUGUCACGUGUGAAAGUGCAGUACAAACUCAGAGGCCAAUGCAGAUCCUGUCACUAUUCCUUGUGAGUUCCAUUUUUCAGUAGGACAUAUACAGCUGCUCCAGCUACAGAAACUUCCCUUCAAGCUCUGUUCUAGUGGAUAGAAGACCAGAUCAUGUCCCCUCCUGAGCCCAAAAGCAGAGAAGACUUCCUACAAUAUGCCUGUCAGCUCACGCUGGAUCCCAACACAGCUAACAGACACCUCAGCCUGUCUGAGAGGAACAGAGCGGCGACCUGCAGUGAAUCAGUCCAGUCAUAUCCUGAUCAUCCAGACCAAUUUGAAAUUGUAUAUCAAGUGCUGUGUAGAGAGAGUGUGUGUGGACGCUGUUACUGGGAGGUUGAGUGGAGCGGAUUUGGUGUUGAAAUAACCGUGUCAUAUAAAAGCAUUAGCAGGAAGGGAACAGGUAAAGAAUGUGAGUUUGGGAACAACAAUCAGUCUUGGAGUUUAUACUGCUCUCCAUUACGAUGUUCAUUCUGGCACAAUGAAAAACAAACUAAAAUCUCCAAAAGACACAGCGCCUCUAGAAUAGGAGUGUAUGUGGAUUACAGGGCGGGAUCUCUAUCCUACUACAGCAUCUCUGACACGAUGAAGCUCCUCCACAAAGUCCAGACUACAUUCACUCAGCCUCUCUACCCAGGGUUUUAUGUUUUCUCAGGCUCAACAGUGAAACUUUUGCAACCCACACUCUAAAAAAGUGAUUUUGGCCUCUAAAAAGUGAUUUUGGCCUUAUGUAGUGUUUAAAUAUAAUGUUCAUGUUACUACAAUAAAUUAUUUUCACACAUAUACAUGUUUCUAUUUAAUGAGUUUAGCAUAAACCUGCCAUUAAUUACCUAUUUACUUUUUUGCAGAACUUACGCUAUAUGGACAAAAGUAUUGGGACACCAGACCAUUACACUCAUAUGUGCUUGUUGACCAUCCCAUUCCAGAUUUAGUCCUCCUUUGUUGUUACAAUAACCUCCACUCUUCUGGGAAGGCUUUCCACUAGAUUUUGGAGCAUGGCUGUGUGGAUUUGUGUUCAUUCAGCCACAAGCUGCCACAAGUUUGUGUCCACAAACAUUUGACCAUAUAGUGUACUUUUUUUACUUCAGUGGAUUCUGCACUUGAUUUAAAUGCAUUCAUCUAUGAGCGUAUUUUUAAAAUUCUACUUUUUUCAAUGUACAAAAUAAAAGACUGUUCUGUUAGAAUGCUAUAGUUCACAUUUCAUUUGUACUUGAGUAGCACAGAUGGCUGUAUAGAUAUGUGUUUAAUUCUAUGUAAUUAUAUGGUUUAGUGUAGUUUUUGGUUAGAGAUGAAGAGGCAGUACUUUGCAGAGUAUAUUUGCAGUUAUGGCUUUUUUUGUAUAGUAAAAAAAAUAACCCCUCCCAUGAUGUGUGUAUAUAUAGGUAUUCCAUCCGAACUGACAUAUUGGUCAAAAAUCCAUUAUAUUGUGUGGGGGAAAACAGAUUUUGUACUUUUUCUUCAGUAUAAAGACAGUCUACCAUCUUCAAGAUUUGCCUGUCUGAGACAGUGAAACUUUAAGACUAUGCUUUCAGGGGUCAUUUCUAUAGUUUUUAACCAGGAAAUGUGAGUUGAAGAGGUUAAGUCUCUCUAAUCACAAUGAUGAACCUUGAUGUACUCUUCCGAGCACGAAUCAGAUUUUAGCUAAUGGUUUACUCAUUGGCUUUAAUUAUUGAUGAGUGUUCUCAAGUUCUGUAUGAGGAGAAGAGUGCAUGAUCAGAGUGAUUAAACAGCUUGUUUAAUGAUUUGUUCGGGUUUAGUUUAGCAUUUACUGUUAGAGAGGUUACUAAGCAGUAUUUGUAUACUGUUUGUUAAUAUCAUGAUAAAUAUUCAUGUAGGAAAUGUAUUUUAACAGUGUUGGUUCAAUAACUUGGUGCUCAUAAUCUUAUUACUCACUCUCCCCUUCUGAGAGAGUUACAGUGAGUGAGUUCUGCUUCUAUUUGAAAUGAAUUCAAGUUAUUUUCGUUUUUAAGAAUAGAUAAUGUGAACAGAUUGCUUGCAUACACUCCCACUUUAUUUCCACUCAAGUCUGCUGCUAAUAUCUACAAAUGUUUACAUCCCACAUCACUACCACAUCACACUCUUCGACUGCAUUACUUUUUAUAUUCAUUCUUAUUUUAUUUCAUUUAUAAUGUUAUAAUGAUCUAUCUAUCCAUUUUCAUGUCUGUUAUGUGUAGUAAAAAAUCUAACAUUUUCAGGAUUUGUGUGUUGUUUGAGGUAGUUGUUCAUGUUAUUAUUAGUAUUUUUGUGCGCUUCUUGUCUGUUGCCUGUUCUAUUUUCUGUUCUUUGGGUAUUUCUUGGCUCCAUCUUUUCACUUUUAAUUGAGCAAGAUUUUGAUCCAGUACACAUUAUUUCUUUUAUAUACAGUUUCUCUGUAUCUUUUACACUCUUGUGCACUAGCCUUGUUUGUACACAGUGUUCUACUUAUUAAUUUUAAUUGAAAAAUUUUAAUUUUUGCACAAAAUGUCAAUAAAUUUUUAAGUAUAGGAAGAGCAACAAUAACUUUCUGAAAAGAAAUAAGGCUGAAGAGAGGAAACCAACAACACAAGCUGAACACAAGUAUUAGUCACAUAGUUCUGUUUUAUUACACCCAAUAUUACCCUUCUAGUCAUAGAUCUAGUUGGAAAACGUAGCCUGGCUUUAGCUAAAUCAGUUACUUGCGGGAAAAAAAAAGACUGAAAAAAAACCCCCACAAAAUGACCUUGAAAAUGUUGGCACUUUAACGCGUCACUGUCUUCACCUAGCUUUUUAUUGAGGAACUGCAGGGUCUUGUAACAGACUGUUUGGAACUAACCUAGCCUUGUGAGCGCAAAGCAUGGUGGGAAUGUUCAUUUAUUCAUAUGAAAAGCAAUUUUCUGCUUUUAUCAGAAGUGAAUUGAAGUAAUUUUUUAUAGUCUAAUUGGAUAGCUGUUCAUUUUAUGUGUAGAAUCUAUAAUCUACCAUCUUCAAGAUUUGUGUGUUAUUUUGGAUCAUUUGCUGUUUGAGAUUGUGCAAAGGUUGUACUAUGCUUUCAAGAGUCUGUUCUGUAUUGUCUGCAAUGUCAUGGCUGUGUUUUGAGAAUGACAUGUUUUUCAAUGUGCUUUAAUUAACCUUAAUCAGUUUCUAGAUAAGGUUUCUUUUGUGGGUGGUUCCUUUUUAUUGAUUGUUUUCUAUUUCUUAAGAAGUAUGCAAAGGAGAAGAAGAGUGCAUGAGCAAUUGAAACUUAAAAAAAAGGGCUUGAUUUCUGAAGUUCUUUUAUUGUUCAUUUGUUUAUGGGAGACAUAAAUAUGGCUUGUGUUUUUCUUUUAGGCUUUGUGGAUAUUUUUUUAAAAGCCAUACAGAAAAAGUGCAUUUCAUUAAUGUUCUGUGAGUGAGUUUAAAUCCACAAGUGUGAUAUUAAGUGAAUGUGUUUAUGUAAAAAUGAAUUAAUCGUGUGUGAGAAAUAAAAAU